CGGCUUCAUUCAGCGCGUCUCCAUUGCAGAGACCGGGAAGAAAUCAGCGUAAAAAAAAAAUGGAGACGGCUUUACUCACCGAGCAUUUGCGGUUCACGCCCUUGACACUGCUCGACGACAUAAUCAACACCGUAAAUGAGGUUGUGACACGUGCUGUUGAUGCUGCGGAGUCCGGUCUUCUCGCAACCGACCCUGCCAAUCUCGGUUUCGACAAAUUGUACGCCCAGUCGAACCGAAUUCCAGACACGGACGAUCGGGGCGCUCCGGUGUACCCCGAGGCACGGCCGGAGAUCGAGGAAGGUCUGCAUAAACUGGAGACUCUGCUAGAGAGCAAUGUGGACCGUAAUUUUGACAAAUUUGAGAUCUACAUAUUACGAGGGGUUUUGAACGUUCCCGAAGAACUUGUGCCCUGGGUCAGGUUGGGGCAUUACGAAGGUAUCAAGCUGCGCACGAAAAGUAGUCAAGAAAAGGCGGUGACUGCAGAGGAGGUGCAGGAAAUGCAACAAAAGCUAAGGCAGACCAAGAAGCUGAACAGGAUGCUGGAAGCGAAUGUGCGUAGAAACGACGCAGCGUUGAAGCAGCUGAAAGCACUCUUUGAGCCGGCUUCGGCGGAGAUGAAGAGAGAACAGCAGUCGCCGGGAAAGCACGAUGCUACGUCCACUGUUGAAAACAAGGGCACAUACGCCUUCCUUACCGAGGGAGAGGCUGCCAAAGCUUUGGGCGUCAGCAUGUCGACAGCCGCGAGCGCUGGGCAGCAGAAUCAAGACGGUCCACUGACAACGAACACCUCCUUUGCUCUGUCUCAGCUACCUGCGUUGCGUGCUCUGCUGGACGAAUUGCGGCCGAAGCUGGCGGAGCUGGGAGACGCGGAGAUGGCCGUGGCAGAGAGCAACAGCGCGCGCGAGAGACGGCUGUACGUGAACAAGCAAGCCCGGAAAGCUGUCGAGAGACAGGGUGUCGAUGUUGGCGUCUCUGUAGAGGGCUUGGGCCGAAGGGUGCAGGAGGACGAGCUCGUGGCGCUGGAAAGCAUAGCUGACGCGCUGCCUGCGAAGAGGAACCAUGUAGAUGUCGAUGGCGACGAGGAAAUGGACGCCUAGCCUUACAACGUCUGGAUUCAUGGCAAGGGCAUGGACACUUACCGCGUGAGGCAUGUGUUUUAUGGUGGGCGGGCAGAUAAGUAAACGGAUUUUCUAAGCUUGUGAUACCCAGGGGACAAAAAAAAAAAAAAGACA